UAAAUGUCAUAAUAAUAUUACUACUGUGUAUUAUAUCCGGGUGGGUAUUUUAUUAUAUGAAAUCCGGACCUCAAUUUAUCAUACAGACCCACCCGCCUCCUCUCCCCCCUUGCAACCAAACCACACAGACAAAUUUCGGAGCUCCAUAAAUCUUAGGGUUUUUGUUCCAUAAAUCGAAUCCUCUAUAGGGUUUGCAGUUUUAUACUUAAUUAAUUAAUCAUGUUUUGGAAACUCACUGCUUCUUCACCUAUUGAGUCGGUGUUGGACAAGGAAAAUCUCACAUUGGAAGAGCUCUUGGAUGAAGAAGAUAUUAUUCAAGAAUGCAAAACAUUGAAUAGCCGCCUCAUUAAUUUCUUGCGUGACAGAGCCCAGGUUGAACAACUAUUACGGUAUAUCAUUGAAGAAUCACAGGAGUGCGUUGAUAGCAAACGUACAUUCAAGUUUCCUUUCGUUGCUUGUGAAAUAUUUACAUGUGAAAUUGACGUAAUCUUCAAAACGUUAGUUGAGGAAGACGAGCUAAUGAAUUUACUUUUCUCCUUCUUGGAGCCAACUCGUCCACAUAGUCCCUUGCUGGCGGGGUUCUUCAGUAAGGUUGUGAUAUGUCUCAUGUUACGGAAGACCGUCCCACUUAUAAAUUAUGUUCAAGUUCAUCGGCAUAUUCUCCAGCAGCUUGUUGAUUUAAUAGGAAUAACUUCAAUAAAAGAGGUUUUGGUGAGACUUGUUGGAGCUGAGGACCAUAUGUAUCCCAACUAUGCGGAAGUUAUGCAAUUGCUGGCGGAAAGCAAUUUCUUAGAGAUGAUUGUCGAUAAACUCAAUCCAUCCAAUCCUCCUGAAGUACAUGCUAAUGCAGCCGAAACAUUAUGUGCUAUAACUCGAAGCGCUCCAUCUCCACUGGCCGCUAAGCUUUCUAGCUCAAGCUACGUCACAAGGAUAUUUACUCAUGCGUUUGAAGAUUCACUUUCAAAAUCUGGACUUUUUCACUCUUUAACCGUGUGUAUAUCCUUGUUAGACCCUAAAAGAUCAGCUCCUUCAUCGUUAUUUAAUUCUUUUCGAGGUCAAUAUGAAUAUGAAUCACAUGUGCAAGUUAACCACGAGACUGUAGGUGCAAUGCUGCCACAACUUGGUGACUUGUUGACGUUGUUGAAUGUGUCACUCGAUGAGAAAAUUUUACCAUGUUCAUAUGGCCUGUUGAAGCCUCCUCUAGGGAAACAUCGUUUAAAGAUCGUGGAGUUCAUUGCGGUUUUACUUAAAACCGGGAAUCAGACUGCCGUAACGGAAUUAAUUGCAUCUGGAACUAUUCAAAGAGUUCUCGAUCUUUUUUUCGAGUACCCUUUUAAUAAUGCUUUGCAUCAUCAUGUUGAGAGUAUAAUAUAUUCUUGCCUGGAAAGCAAAAACGACACCAUCAUCGAUCAUCUAUUUCAAGACUGCGGUUUGACCGCAAAGAUUCUUCAAACAGAGAAUCGUUCCACCGUUUCCAGUGAACUUAAUCAGCCAACUAUAUCAGCUUCUGGGAGAAAUGCACCACGGGUCGGGAACAUUGGACAUGUUACACGCAUUGCUAAUAAGAUCACGCAGCUGGGAAAUGGUGAUACGCGCAUCCAGACACACAUUAAGGAAAAUAGUGAAUGGAACGAGUGGCAUACAACAGUGCUACAAGAGCGUAAUAUAAUUGAAAAUGUGUAUCGAUGGGCCUGCGGUCGGCCUUCUGCACUACACGACAGAAGUAGGGACAGUGAUGAGGAUGACAGAGACUAUGAUGUGGCCGCUCUAGCAAAUAAUUUAGGACAAGCGUUUAGAUACAACUUAUAUGACAAUGACGAAAGUCAAGAGGGCCAUGAUACCGUUAAUCGAGAUGAUGAGGAUAUUUACUUUGACGAUGAAUCUGCUGAAGUUUUCAUGUCAUCCCUGAAGUUGGGUGAUGACCAUGGAAGCAGUAUGUUUACAAAUUCCAAUUGGUUUGCUUUCCAAGACGAGAGUAUGGGCGAUGAUGUGGCUAUGAGUGCCACGUCACCUUCUGAACAGAUGGACGAGAUCGACUUAAAUAGUACAUCAAACGGUGGUAACAACAGCAGGGAGGAAGAGGAUGAGGAGUUAGCUGAUGACAAAAAUUCCAACAAUGGUACCUCUAUCUCCAACUCCAAUCCCUUUAUCGAAAGCAAUAUAGUAAAUGAUAUAAACUUCAAAACCCCCGAUAGCGAGAAAAGUAGUGCUCCUGUAGAUGAGUCCAUGCUUGAAUGGGUAGCAGGGGCUGAGCCCGGGUCGGUUUCAGGGUCAGGGGUGAACCCGUUUCUUGAUUACUUAAAUACCUCUAGUGUCGAUUCCAAUGCACCAGCUGACCCCUCUUCAGAUUCAAUUCAAAGAGCUGUCGUGGCGGCUAGUUCGGUUGAAGAUGUGGAAUUUGAAGGAGCUGAAAUAGGUUGUUCAGAGAAGGCCAUGAAUCAGGCCCUUAAGGAGGGUACUGUUGGAGAAGCCGGGCCUUUAAAAAAGCAGGCAAUCUCUAAUGAGCUCGAAAAAGGAAACCCGGAUCAAAGUGGGUCUGAGUUGAGUGAAUUUAACGACACUAACUACUGGAGGGUUGACCAGCAGCAGUAGACAUCAAUGUACAGUAUAGUUUUGUUGUUACAGAUUUUGUGGAGAUGGUAUAUCCUGCUUUUUCUUUGAACUAAUCUUAUGUAGAGAACUAUAAAAUUGCAUAAAAACUUGUGACUUUUACUUUAGUUACAUUAGACAUUUAUCUAACCGUGUAUCCACUUUUUUCC